AAUUUUAUUAGUGUGGUUGGGUUAUAGAGUAACAAAACUGUCAAGUAUAUCAAGCCUAGCUGAGUCCGCUGAUUAUGUUCAUAGAACUAGUUCUCACACGACUACAGUCCAAGCACUAACCCGAGUUCUGAAUUCCGAGUUAAAGCGUGAAAUCACUGAAUUUCGUUGGACUGGAGCACAGUCACAAAUUAACCAGUUAGCUUUAGAAAUUGCGUUUGAAUUGAAUAAUAGCCCAGGAGUGGACAAGCUUUUGUAUUUGCCGAGAAUAUUUUCCCCAAUAUAAUCAGGAGAACAUACUUGUGAGGAAUCAACAUUUUGCUGCUGUGCUCCUCGAAAAUAUUUUCUUUGUGUGUGUAUUGCAGAAAAUGGAUAGUGGCAAUAUAAAAAAUGGCGGUGGCAUGGACGAAACAUUUCUGGACGGAAAGCUGCACCGUCAAGUCACUACUCUCAUUGUUGCCCAUCUUCUUGAGAACAAUUUCAAUCAGGCUGCAAGAGCUGUUGCAUCAGCUACAAUGACGCCAUUGACUGUUGAAGCUCCUCGUAAUAGGCUACUUGAAUUGGUUGCAAAGGGUCUUGCAGCUGAGAAGGUUGAAAUGCUGAAUGGAGUUUCUUCAGCUGCACCAUUUGAUCCAACUCUAGCUGAUGGAUAUGGCUCCAUACUAGCUCGUCGGGCAACUUUGGUUGAUUUUAGUAUUGCACAUGAUACCAAAGGAUCUUCAAAAAAAAUUCCCAAACAUGAAGUUCGACAUAUUUCUGAACACAAGGGCAUUGCUAGAUGUGCAAGAUUUAGUUCUGAUGGUAGGUUUCUUGCUUCUGGAAGUGCAGACUCAUCAAUCAAACUCUUUGAGGUUUCAAAAGUCAAACAAAUGUUGCAGCCAGAGACAAAAGAUGGCCAAGUGAGGCCAGUUAUACGAACAUUUUAUGAUCACACUCAGCCAAUUAAUGAUUUAGAUUUUCAUCCUCAAAAUGCAGUUGUGAUAUCUGGGGCAAAAGAUCACACCAUCAAGUUCUUUGAUUUUUCAAAAGCAGUAGCAAAGAGAGCUUUUAGAAUUAUUCAGGAUACUCAUAAUGUGAGGUCUGUGUCAAUUCAUCCUUCAGGAGAUUAUCUUCUGGCAGGAACUGAUCAUCAUAUCCCUCAUCUAUAUGAUAUCAAUACUUUUCAAUGUUACCUGUCUAUGAGUUUCCAAGACAGUGUUGGUAAUGGAGCAAUAAAUCAGGUUAGAUAUUCACGAAGCGGCGGUAUGUAUGUAACAGCAUCCAAAGAUGGUGCUAUUCGGUUUUGGGAUGGUGUGACUGCCAAUUGCGUUCGAUCCAUAGAUGGUGCACAUGGAACGAUGGAAGUUACAAGUGCAAACUUUACAAAAGAUCAAAGGUAUGUCCUUUCUUGUGGAAAGGACUCUUCUGUGAAGCUUUGGGAAGUUGGAACAGGAAGAUUGGUGAAGCUGUAUCAUGGAGCUAUACAUACUCAAUUGCGAUUCCAGGCUGUGUUCAAUGAUACAGAAGAAUUUGUACUAUCCAUAGAUGAAUCGAGCAAUGAGAUUGCUAUAUGGGAUGCUCUGACUACAGAAAAAGUGGCUAGAUUGCCCUCCACACAUGUUGGUGCUCCUCGUUGGAUUGAGCAUUCUCCGACUGAGGCUGUAUUUUUUUCUUGUGGGAUCGACCAGUCUGUACGGUUCUGGAGAGAAGCACGUUAGUGUUUUCUGAAGAAGCACCAAAUUGAUAUCUUGGGACUCCAACCAUGCCUGUCAGAUGGAGAGCAGGCGGAAGAAAUAAACCUCAGCUUCAAGAUAAUGAAUUGUUUCAACAGACUUACUGUCAUGCUGGAGCUUCGAUAUGUUAAUCAUGACAUCUUCCUUUUCUCACCUAGCUUAGCUGUAUUAGGGUUGUGAUCAAGAUUAAGGUAAUAUUUGCAUGGCAUGGUUAGAAGUGAUUUGUUCUAGAAUUAUAGUGAAAAAUGCUUAAUUGUAUACGAUAGCAGUUUUUGGAAAUAAAAGCAAUUUUUAACUUUCUC